GACCGAAGUGGGUCAGAAGCACACGUUAUGAGCAGGCAAAUUCAUGUGGCCACAUGGAUGAUUGGAGAAGCCAUUGCAGAUUUUGUGGAAACGAAGAACAACAAAGAAACAACAGCAGCAGCGAUUCCAGCAACAACAACAACAAUCACCAAUUUCCAAUUUACUCCCAAUUUCUGAUUUGAAUCCAUCGAUUUCUUGCACAGAUUCCUGCUUACCGCUUUGAUUUUGUCGCUAAAUCGGAAAUGAAGGAGAACAAUGAUGGAUUUGUGCGUGCAGAUCAGAUUGAUCUGAAGAGCUUGGAUGAACAGCUUGAGAGGCAUCUUAGUAGAGCCUUGACCAUGGAGAAGAACAAGAAGAAAGAUGAAGAUGGCGGCAAUAGCUUUCUCACUUCUGCUCCUAUCGCUCGUAGUAGGUCUACUAAAGUCGCCGCUAAGGAACGGCAGGAGUGGGAGAUCGAUCCGUCUAAAUUGAUUAUCAAGAGCGUCAUUGCUCGUGGUACUUUCGGCACCGUCCACCGCGGCGUUUAUGACGGACUAGAUGUUGCCGUCAAGUUGCUGGAUUGGGGAGAAGAAGGUCACAGGACAGAAGCUGAAAUUGCUUCACUAAGGGCAGCUUUUAAACAGGAAGUUGCUGUUUGGCAUAAACUAGAGCAUCCCAAUGUUACUAAGUUUAUAGGGGCAACAAUGGGAUCAGCGGAGUUACAGAUCCAAACUGAAAAUGGUCUAAUAGGCAUGCCAAGCAACAUAUGUUGUGUUGUGGUGGAAUAUCUUGCUGGAGGCGCCCUUAAAUCUUAUCUCAUAAAAAACAGGAGAAGGAAGCUAGCUUUCAAGGUGGUUGUCCAGCUGGCACUUGAUCUUGCUAGAGGGUUGAGUUACCUUCAUUCCCAGAAGAUUGUCCACAGAGAUGUAAAGACAGAAAACAUGCUGUUGGACAAAACACGUACAGUCAAAAUUGCUGAUUUUGGCGUUGCUAGAGUCGAGGCGUCAAAUCCCAACGACAUGACUGGGGAGACUGGAACACUUGGUUACAUGGCUCCUGAGGUUCUCAAUGGCAACCCAUAUAACAGGAAGUGUGAUGUGUAUAGCUUCGGUAUCUGCCUGUGGGAAAUUUAUUGCUGUGACAUGCCAUAUCCUGACCUUAGUUUCUCCGAAGUGACUUCUGCUGUGGUUCGUCAGAAUCUGAGGCCAGAGAUACCGAGAUGUUGCCCGAGCUCUCUAGCAAAUGUGAUGAAGCGUUGCUGGGAUGCGACCCCAGACAAGCGGCCCGAGAUGGACGAAGUAGUUUCCAUGUUGGAGGCCAUUGACACUUCCAAGGGUGGAGGUAUGAUUCCUGUUGAUCAAGCUCAGGGCUGUCUAUGCUUUCGAAAAUAUAGAGGGCCCUAAAGAUUUGUUUGCUUGUUUGAACUGGAUAUGGAAAUCUGAUAAAAUUAUUUUGAAGAUGAAAGAAAACCAUAAUGUGAUUGUGGUAAUGACAAAUAGAAGAAGUAGGAAAAAGAAAAAAUAUAUAUAUAUUGAGGGUGAGGCUAGUAGUAAAAUAGAUGAUGGUGGUGGGUACAUAAACCAGGGACUUUGCUGCCUUUCACUUUGCCAUUGGAUGUAAGCCUUUUGUAAUGACAUUAAAUUGAAUGAAUUGUAAGAUUGAAAUGCAAAAA